AUGCGGUGUACUAUGGUAAUUAUCCUCUUGGGUCUUAUUGGCUUCUGUCUGGCCGAGAAAAUUGAGACGAAAAACGUCGUGGAUUUGGUGAGCGUUAAUUGAUAUUUCAAACGUCGAUUUAAGGAUUAAAAAAAAUUCUAUCUGACCUUGCAACGUCGAAGAACCGGAUUGAAUUAACCAGAGUGAAAACUGAUGAAAAGCAAAAUUUAACUUUGAUGUAAGCCGAAAAAUAUCCCAGCACAAGUUUUUAUGAUUUUCAAAAAGUUGGCUUUAUUUGAAUGAACCUUUUCAAAAGCUAAAGAUUGUCUCAACGAAAAUCGUGACAGUUCUACAAUAUUUUAAUACUUUUUCAGGCACAGAUCAAACUCCGACUAGAAGCUCUGGAGAAGCAGAUUCCAGCCCUCAACGACGCGAUUCAAAGCCAGGCAGCCGAGCUCAAAAGGAGAAAGAUCGAGUUCAGCGUCUUCAAAAACAACGUCACGAAGUUCAUGGAAGUCGUCGCCAAUGCCCUCGGCUACCUCAAAAAAGAGGCGUUGAACAGGAAACGUCAGCAGAGUUCUUAA